AUGGGCCGACGCAAGGGGACGUCCGCCUUUCCGGUGGCGCGCAUCAAGAAGAUGAUGCAGUCGGACGAGGAAGUGGGCAAGAUCGCCACCGUCACGCCGGUCCUGGUCGCCAAGGCCCUCGAGUGCAUGAUGGAGGACGUGCUCCGCGAAGCCGCAGACGUCGCCCGCGAGCGCCACACGCGCACCGUCACCCCGCUCCACCUCAAGACCUGCGUCGCGCGCAACGACGCCUUCGACUUCCUGCGCCCCAUCGUCCGGCACGUCAGCGGCGACGAGGGUAAGCGCGCACGCUCGCCGGCCGACCGCCGCGCCGCCCGCGCGGAGGCCGGCAGCGCCGCCGCCGCCGAGCCGAAGAAGCGCCGCGUUGCCGCCGCAGACAAGCCGGACACCGACGACGUCGUCGCCCCGCCUGCGCCGCCCGCGCCGCCCGCACCCGACCAGCACCCGCAACACCACCCAGUCGACGAUAACUAUGAUGAGGAGGACAACUAUGACGAGGACGAGGACGACGACGCCGCCCAGCCACAGCCUCAGCCACCACAAAGUAAAGAGCGCGUGUCCGUGCACGCGCUCUUGUCUUAGCCCGAAUUGUAAAUGCACGGCCUUCCACUC